CCCCCAGAGGCGCGUCAUCGCGCAGAGUGCAACCCCCUGAGUGUUUCGCGCGGAGUGCUUCGCGCCCUCAGGUCGGGGCGGCUAAGAGCGAGAGGGACGCGCGCUUGAGCGUGAUCGAGCGAGGGGGUUGAAGGUGGACAGGUGGGCUGAUGAGAAGGGGAGGGGGAGGCGGGAAAAGGGGUGAGAAAAGCUCCGCGGGGUGACCAACAAGAGAGCAAGGCUGACUGACGUAUUCUGCAUGCGCGCAUACAUCGGCAAGAGCAGACUCCGCGCGGAGAUGAGCGUACAAGUGGCCGUCGUCCUUAGUGUUGCGUCCUCCCAUCGAUAAGGCCGCGUUUCGCGAAGAGAACACCACCGUGGGAAGAGCAGGGAAACAUCACCACCAUCGUCACCGCCACCAUCGACAGGACGAAGGACACGCCGUCGCUAAGGACUGCUCUUCCUCGUUUCUGGCGACAGUGACCAUGGCGUCCAGCUUGCUGUAUAAACAGUACUCCAAUGAAGAAUACGAUCCGUUUUUCAGGCUGGUGAUGCUGCCGUAUUCCUGUUGACGAGCAAACGGAACAUUUGGUAUGUUGAGAACAGGGGAUGCUGGAAAGAGAAUGGAUGAGAGAGGAAGGGAGGGAGGGAGCGAGAGAAAAAUGCUUUCGAGCAGCUUUCAACGAAGCUACCAGAGCAGAAAGUGCUGAGAGUGAUGAUCUCGCUGCUGAACUACAAUGUGUAUUGCUGUAGUUGCGCGGGAGAUUCACGGGGUCGUGAAUGAGAGAGCUGAUAUAUGAUUGUUAUUGAUCAGCAACGUGAAAACAUGCAUCUUGGAUGCGUAAUUGUGUCUCUUGGUGAGAAAUUGCAGCACUAUCGUGCUGCAUUCAUCCAAGGCUUUAAGCUCGAGGUAAUAGCAAAAAUUUGAAUCAAAAAUUUUCAGACAAUUUUAUACGAAGAAAGGAAGAGAGAGAGAGAGCGAGAGAGAGAGAGAGAGAGAGAGAGAGAGAGAGUGUGUGUGUGUGUGUGUGUGUGUGUGUGUGUGUGAAUGUGAAAAAGAAAAUAAUACGUAAUCGCUAUUGAUCAAGAGUGAUGCACCUGAGGUACUUAACUGUUGAAUAUUAUGUUAGAAUACAUGUCUUUGUUUGAUAAAUCUAGUUACUCAUGUAGACAAGUUCAUGGAGAUUAAUUCUGAUAGUCCUGCAGCUGAUGCAAGAACAUCUGACAUUACUCACGGGACUUGCGAGAUAGAGAUAAUCUGUGUUUAAAGACUUUCGCACAGGUUACUAUGAGUGAUAAUGGUCAUUUGAGUUGAUGUCGUAUUGGUAACGUUAUACGUUACUCAACAGAGCACAAUUGGGUUACGAAUGAAAGUUGGCGAGCUAUCGCCGUUAAUGACGGAUGAGAGUUUGUGCUUCGUAAUGCUUCGUAAUCAAACCACGAUGUUUCUUUCAUUUGGCAAAGAAUACAAUAUAUUCUAAAUUAAUAGAAAGAGCUGUGAACUGUUGCAAACUGAAAUCCAAAAAUUAGGUAAAAAUAUUAAUUUUUUCUUUAAUUCAUUAAUUAUAUUUAGUGUUUAACAGAAAUUUUAAUUGUCUUAAAAUUUUUGUUUUAAAUUAAUUGGAAAAUUGGAAAUCGGUGAUAUUUUAAAGAAUUCUAAUAUUCUAGCAUAAAAAUUUUAAUUAAUUGAAGGAUGAAUUUCUGAUGUUCCCUUUCCGCUUCUCGCUUUUGUUCUUCUUAAUUUGUAAUUUGUCUUUCCUAGUAAAAAGUCUAAAAAUUGGUUUUAAAAACCAUUUAUUUAUGUAUUCAUCAACUAAAUUUUAAUUAAAAUAAUUAAAAGAGUAACCAGCUCUUAUAAUCGCGCGUAGCUCAAUUAUCAAAACUUAAACUAACUUGCGUUAACUCAUCGCGAACUUCGCAGUACCAAGAGACAAGAUUGCGACUCGUUUAGCUCUUUAAUAGUUAAGGGGAUAAUUAGAUCCUCGCUGAUUCAUGUAAAUCGCAUGAUGUUUCAGGCGUCAGUGACUGGGCGACGAAGAAACCAGAAAUAUUUCGUUAAAACAAAUCACGGGAAAUUUGCGAUAAUUAUUGUGACUUUAUUUGCGGUGAUCCACGUGAUCGAUUCAUCGUGAUUCUCUUCUUGCGUAGCAAGCUUGCUCGAAAAAAGUAAUCGGUCGCGAUGAUGGUGUCGCGCCGAAUGACGAUCGUUCGCGUCGCGGAUUCCGACGAGGACAAAGAGAGCUCAGCGCCUUCAUGUUCGCUGUUGUCGUCGCAUACUCACAGUAGACUGAAGUGUCUCAUCUUGCACUCCAAAAGACAUAUCGCUUAUCCACCAUAAGGGGUUAAAGGUGAUGGCACGUGUCACGCGCCCUCGGCAAAAAAUGGCGAAUACGACUGAUUCACCCGCGAUGGCCGGCGGCAGCCUUCUUUCGUCCUCGACGACGACGCCGUUUUCCACCUCGUCGACAUCGACGGCGACUUAUUCGAGCGAGGAUUACACCUUCAAUUAUAGCGGUCUGCCAAACUUGGGCGGCUACUCGCUGGACGAUUUCAACUACACGUGGCCGGACUGGAACGGCACUGAAGUCAGCAAUGUUACCGAGAGGCUGAACGCGACGGUGUUGUUAGCGGGUAGCUAUUGCGAUGAAUGGGAAGCUGCUCAACACAAGCUCUUCCAGGCUUCCAUCUUGGCUCUUCGCACGUUUCUCACGGCGGGUUUCAUGUUGGCGGCUCUCUGGGCCGGGUUCACCAUAUGCGCUCUGGACGCCAUGUUAUGGUGCUUGGCCCUCGGUUUGUUAAACGGCAUUCACUCGUUGAUACUCGCCUGCCGAUUUUUGCCCCCGGCUCUCAGCCCCGAGCUAGCCGAGCUCUAUUUGAAGCUCUUCAAGCCUUACAAGGUCAGCAAAAAGCAUUUCCAAGAGUUGGCAAAGGAGGCAAGGAUACUCAAGUUGGAUUCCGAUCAGACUUACGCGACGGAAGGAAUCACGCCAGCGGAUAGGAGGCUGUCCAUUCUUUUACGUGGGAAAUUGAAGGUAACGUGCGACGGGACUCACUUGCACUACAUCAGAGCCUACCAAUUCGUCGAUUCACCCGAAUGGGAGGCCACGCAUGAAAACGAUGCCGACGUCUUCCAGGUGACAAUACGAGCCGAGGAGUCCUGCACGUAUAUCUGUUGGACGAGAAUGAGGUUACUCAGGGUGCUCCGGCACAGGCCGCUGCUCAAGGUCGUUCUCAACACUCUCAUCGGUAAGGACAUUACGUCCAAGUUGUACGCCCUUAACGAGCAGCUUGCUGGUGUCGCGACCACCAGUGAGAACGCCACGUCGAAUCCUUACAGGGGGGUCACGAGAAGUCUCAGUGUCGACGCCGUUAAUACGGAAACAGCCGGAAGGGUUCGAUCGACGACCUGGAAGACGCAGAAGCAGUACAAUUCACGUAGUGACAAGAACUCUUCGACUCGGUUUUCGCAUCAGUAUUGGACUCCGGUAGUCGCGAAUCACUUCCCGCCGACCUCGCCGUUCAUUCAACAAAGCCAAAACCUCGGCUACUCGUUACUGCCGCAGGGUAUCCAGUUCUCGCCUCCUCCGCGAGCACCCGCGUUGUCCUACCACCCCCCUGUGGCGCGACAGCGAAGCGGGGGUGCUAGCGGCGAUUACACCCUGCUACCUCAGACACCGAAGCUCGAGAGAAAACGAUCGAAAAAAGGGACUCGAGAGGUGACCUUCGAGACACCGGUAUGACGCUCGCCCGACGGGGAAGGGCCUGCCAGCGUGCCUCUGCUUACACUGUCGCCGCAACGCUCCGCCUAGCCCCGUCGUGGUCUCGUCGUCAUCCUAAGGUACAUUGCAAAACUCACCCUCUGAACUUCCGGUCGAUGCGAUACCGAUGAAAGGCCUACUUGCUUGGUGGGAAGAGAGAACGCAAACGGUACCGCACGGAUUAUGGUAUCGUAGGAUCACAGAAGCGCGGGUAAACGAAGUCGCUGGGUGCAGUUUUGACGUGUGCAAUUGAUUUUCAUAUCCUGCAAGUGCCACGCCUUACAGAGACACGCACGCACGCACGUGUGAAAUCGAAACCGCGAUGGCGGCUGUGGAAAAAAAAAAAGGUAUUUCGGGGCAUCCGUCGAAGGUGGACCGAAAUUCGAUCGAGUGGUGGAGAUGAGGAACGUGAAUUGUUCAUCACUUGACGUGAGAAGUAGGAAUAAGCGAGAGAGAAAGGAGAGAGAAAUCGUAAACGAAAGAUUAAAUAUAGAUAUAUUGUAUUAAUGAGCAUCGCCUCUGUGUACACUUUUACAUCGACUGUGAUUACAACGGAUAUAAUUGUUAAGUCUUUCAGAGAAACACUGAUUAUAUACACAUACAGAAAAAAAACACGUGCGUAAAAUAGCUGCCGCGGUAAUCACACACGCAUAUCUCGCAUUUGCGUGAGUUAGGAUGUCCUUCGCACAUAACAAUUUUCGGUUUCGAUACUUUGUGUAUUUCAAAAAAUUCCUAAUUCUGCAGAUUUUUAUUCUGUUCUAUUCUCUUUAAUUCCAAACAAACUCUUUAUAUUCGUUUAUUCGUAAGUAUUGAUUUCGUAGAUCGUUUAAUCUAUAGAUCGUCAUAUAAUUGCAUAAUAUCGAUAUAUUAUUAAGUAACAUUUGAUUACUGUGUAUCAUCGGUGAAGAACAUCCGAACAGCGUAAACAGGUCGGGAUUGUUGUAUAAAAUUAGUGCAUAAAAUGCGCUUUCACGAUAAAUGUGAUAUGUCAAGAAACACGCAGCAAUUUCUAUUCAAUAUCGGCGAACGAAAAAUUGCACACCCCUUAAUCAAAUGUAAAACGCGCUAAAUAAACAAACAGAAAAAAAACUAAAAGUGAAAUGAAAAAUAAGCUGUAUAACUCGGGUGUAAAAAAAGAGCAAAUAAGUGCUUCGUUAAAAAAAGAAACCUGCAAUAAAGUGCUUCGAAAAUGUAGUUGAUGGCGAGAAAUGCAAAUUAUAAAGAGCAAAGUUUAAUUAUUCGCGCAAAUUAAACGGAAAUAAAGCUAAUAUGCGUUGUGCGUGACACGUAGAUGAAAAAAAUCAUGUGUGUUUGUAUGUUUCUAUGUUUAUAUAAUCACCGCGUGUGAGAGUGAAGCCGUAGAAAAUCAAUAAAGACGCACAAACGAUUAAACAAAAAAACAAAAAAAAUAUGAAGAAAAUAAAAUUAAUAAAAAACGGCUGUGUAGAGUCGAGUGUAAAUGUUAUAAACACAAAAGUGGCUGUAGAGUAUUGUAACGAAGGAUUGUAUGAAGUUUAACGAGGCGCACGUCGGAAAGGAUCAUCACUGUUUAAAGUAGAAAUUCUUUUCAUCGAAUCAGAUGAGACUGUUGUAGUAUUUCGUCAUUACAUAGUUGCUUUUGAUAAAAAUUCGAUAUAUAUAUAUGUAUGUGCAUAUACAUAUAUAAAUAUCUAGUGCUAUAUAUCGUACAUAUAGCAAGGAUAGAAACUUUACAUUAUAUAUUUGUAACAAUCGAAAUUUGAAAGACUGAGUUGCUACUAUAACUUUGUUAGUAUACUGAAUAUUUACUAUAAUGUUUACAUUUGAUUAAUAAUAUAUUUCUUAAAUUGUUUUUGGAGACUAAUUUGAAUUCCGAAAACUCUCGUUUGCAAGACUGAUCUAUUUUCCGACGUAGACAAGAGCCUAAAACACGAAAGAAUCCGUUUGAGUGAUCUUUGUCGACGUUGUGUCAGGAGAAUAAAACGGAAUUUGCGUAAAAUGGACCGCAGCAGCGACACAUCAACAUCACGACGACAUUGUAUGUUACUAUUAUUUACAAUUACAAUAUGUUCGUUGACUAUUACGUUAGGAAUAAAAACUACAUUGAAAAA